AUGCCUCAAUUGUUAGGAAAGACGAUCGGGCCAACUGGAUAUGGUCUCAUGGGUCUGACUUGGAGACCCGAACCGCAAGAGGAUGAAGAAUCCAUCCGAGCAAUGAAAGCCUCGCUAGAGGCCGGAUGUAAUUUCUGGAACGGUGGAGAGUUUUACGGACCGCCGGAAAGAAAUUCUCUUCAACUACUGAACAAAUACUUUACCAAGUAUCCCGAAGAUGCGGAGAAGGUUGUCCUCUCGAUCAAAGGUGUGAUUGACAUCGAAAAGCUGCGUCCGGACGGGAGCCCCGAGGGCGUCAAAAAAUCGGUUGAAAGAUGUUUAGAGCUACUGGAUGGCAAGAAGAAGAUUGACAUUUUCGAACCCGCUCGUGUUGACAAGAACACGCCAAUUGAAACCACACUCAAGGCUCUUGAGGAAUAUGUGAAGGCUGGAAAGAUCGGCGGGAUUUCUUUGAGCGAGGUUUCCGCAAAUACCAUACACAGAGCCGUAAAGGUCACCAAGAUCGUGGGCUGUGAGGUCGAGCUUUCACUCUGGGCCACCGAUAUAUUUAAGAACGGCGUUGCCGCAGCGUGUGCUGAGCAUGGCAUUCCAGUCAUCGCUUAUUCACCCAUUGGCCGAGGAAUUUUAACGGGAGAAAUCAAGAAACCUGAAGAUAUUCCCAAAAACGACAUGCGUAGUCACAUGCCACGCUUCCAGGGUGAAAAUUUUGAGAAAAACCUAGAACUCGUCCAACGGUUAGAAGAUUUUGCGAAGCAGAGAGGUUGUACCCCAGCGCAAUUAGCGCUUUCCUGGGUUCGACAUUUAUCCCAAAAGAAUGGAAACCCCGAAAUAAUACCUAUACCAGGCGCCACUAAGGUGGAACGUAUCUUAGAAAACGCGAAGGACUAUCCUCUGAGCGGCGAGGAGUCGGCGACAAUCGAUUCCAUCUUACAAAGUUUUGAAGUGGUGGGCGAAAGGUAUGGUGGCCCACAAGCAGAACUGAUGGAAGGCUAG